AUGCAAGGAAGAAACAAGACGCGCCUGUACAUCACCCUCCAACACCGCGGCGGCAAGCCAGGUUUCCACUGGGCCCUCCUCCUCGCCCCUAAAACCGAAAGUGCCAACAUCAGCACGACCGACGGGUACCGCUUCCAUGCCCUCAACACGGCCCAGGAAGGAGCAAUCAUCGGCGCCAACGGGCAGUACGAAUGGCGUUUCGAGCAUCAGGCCUUCAAUAGCUUGUCCACCGGAAACUUGAUAGGAAGGAUCCUGGUCGCUAAGUUGUCGAGUUCGAGUGGGAGUGGAGAGGGAGAGAGAGGAAGGCGGUACGGCGACUGCUCGGAGCUGUUGAGCUCCCAAGCAGACCGUGUUCGCGAGAUCGUCGAGACUGUGCCGCUAGUCCAGAACGACGACAAGUGGACGUGUCGUGUCUGGCUAGAACGGGCUCUUGCUGCAUUGCGUUCUGCUGGAGGCCUUGAUGGGGAGUUCGCCACCAUUCCUGACGUCCAGGUCGGAGGGGAACUUGAGCGGGAUAUUUUCGCGUUUGGAGAACGGGCGCUGGAAGAAAUCAAGACCAGGAAAACGGCGAUAGCGAGAGUUACAGAUUUGCCCCACGGUGAUAUGCGUGUAGUGAAGAAAUAA